CCUUUACGAAUUGAUAGAAUUGGUAAUCUCCAAAGUUCGACGUGAGAUCAUCGGAUAAUUGAACAAACCGCCCAUUUCCUGAAUCGUCGGUUUUUAUAAGUCAAAGGGAGAAGAAAGAGAGCGUGAGAGAGGCUCACAAACACAGUGAAUGGGAUCGUCGGACGAUUUAUCGGUGGUGGUCUUGGCGUCAGAUCUGGGCAUAGACGCUCGAGCACUCUUGUCCCCUAGAUUCCGAGAAACUGAGAACUGGCAUGACUCCUCCAACUCUCUCCUUUCCGACGAAGACUUCUCCGAUCUCGACGACUUGCAAUUUUUCCGCAUCGAACGUGGCUCUGACAAAACUGGCAAUCGCAUCCUCCGCAUCGUCGGAAAGUACUUCCCUGCUCCAGUUAUAAAUGGGGAGCGGCUUAAAAGGUAUGUGUUUCACAAAAUAUUUACUGAGAUGCCAGAAGGUCCAUUCUGCAUUGUGUACAUGCAUAGUACAGUGCAAAAGGAAGAGAACUCCCCUGGCAUGACCAUCUUGAGGUGGAUAUAUGAAGCUCUUUCCCCUGGCUGUAAGGAGAGACUUCAGAUUGUAUACUUCAUCCAUCCUGGGCUUCGCUCAAGGCUCAUAUUUGCCACGCUUGGAAGAUUAUUUCUAAGUGGAGGCUUAUAUUGGAAAAUCAAGUAUGUUAGCCGCUUGCAGUACCUUUGGGAAGAUAUAAAGAAAGAAGAGCUUGAGGUCCCUGAAUUUGUGAAAAAUCAUGAUGAAGUCUUGGAGCACAGACCACUGACAGAUUAUGGGAUCGAACCAGAUCCUCUCCACUUAACUGGGAUUCCUGCCAUGGCCUCCUCCUCAUUUGGGAGGUAUGAAGAGAAAUGGACCUCUGGAGAGUUGACCGGCAUCUAGAGAGUUUAUGCAAUUACAGGGGUCGCGAGCUUUGUACAUAAUAAUGGUCUCAGCAUAUGCACCCGAAACUUGAUUUCAGCAUUAGGUGAUGCUUAUAAUUUGUAAAAGUAAAAAGGUAAUUUCGUUAAAGAAACAAAAGUGUGUUUGAUUGCUUUUUUGUAUAUAUGAUUGAUAUGUAUCAUAAUGUAUAUAAAGUGUGGUACUUAAUUCCCCCCCCCCCUCUUAUAUUUGUACUUUGAAUGUAAGGUUGCAUGUAUCAAAUACACCACUUGUAAGAUUGUGUUCAAUCAAGCGAAACGAUUCAAGUAUACAUUUGAAUUGCUUUUUGUGAAUAA